AUGGGUUAUGUAGAGAAGAAAGGCAUUUUCCUUCUGUCACAAAACUCAACUUUUGGAUUUGGCUUCUUCGCUACCUUGGACGACCACCUCUUCGUCCUUGUGGUGCUCCACAUCAAGAGUUCCAAAGUUGUUUGGACUGCGAAUCGAGGGUUAUUAGUCAGCAAUUCUGACAAAUUUGUGUUCGAUAGUAGUGGAAAUGCUUCUCUCCAUAGAGGGGGAGAUGUGGUUUGGACUUCAAAUACAGGGAGGGAAAGAGUUGAUUCAAUGGAAUUGAUGGAGUCAGGGAACUUGGUGUUGCAUGGUGAGAAUGAAAGUGUUCUUUGGCAGAGCUUUGGCUACCCAACAGAUACCCUUUUACCAGGGCAGGAGUUUGCAGAAGGAAUGAACCUCAAGAGCUUUCCCAACAAGAACAAUAUGUUCAAUUUCCUUCAGAUUAAAUCUGGGGAUCUGGUUUUGUAUGCUGGGUAUACAACUCCUCAGGUGUAUUGGUCGCUCAGAAAUGACAGCAGGAGAAGUAAUAGAACUGUUGCAGGCCAAGUUCAUUCUGCUUCUCUGGUUGGAAAUUCAUGGAAUUUCUAUGACAACAAGAAGUUAUUGCUUUGGCAGAUGAAAUUCUCCAACAACUCUGAUCCAAAUGCUAGGUGGGCUGUGAUCUUAGCCUCCAAUGGAGGCAUUGCUUUCUACAACCUUGAAGCUGGAAGGUCAGUUCUCCCUGAAACAACUAAGAUCCCUCAGAGCUCGUGCAGUGUUCCUGAGCCUUGUGAUCGAUACUCUGUCUGUUUCUUCGAAGGCUGGUGUGAAUGCCCUGCAUCUCUCAACUCUCAAUUCGGGUGUAGGCCUCCUAUUCCUUCGCCUUGCAAUGGUUCAUCUCGUGGUGCUGCUGAAAAAGUCGAUCUCAUCCACAUUGGGGAGAAGCUCGAGUAUUUUGCACUCGGGUUCUCAGUUCCUAUGUUGACUAGAUCAAACUUGAGUGUCUGUAGAGAAGCUUGUCUAUCUAACUGCUCAUGUCUUGUGCUGUUCUUUGAUCAAACUAGUGGAAAUUGUUUCAUGUUUGACCAGCUCGGUAGCUUGAAUCGUGCUCUCGAUGGUUCUUUGGGCUAUACUUCAUACAUGAAGAUCUCAACAUCGAGUCUAAGAAGCAACGUUAGUGGUGGAAGUGGGAGGAAAGAAGCUGUAGUGAUUGUGAUCAUAGCAGUUACAACACUCAUAAUUGUUGCUGGUCUAAUCUAUUCCGGAAUCUGGUACCAUUUCAAGAGGAAGAGAAUAACUGGGUUGCUGAAUGACAGCUCAGAAGGUGAUGAUGAUUUCUUGGACAAUUUCGCCACAAUGCCUGUUCGAUACACCCUCGAAGACCUAUCUAUAGCGACCAAAAAGUUCACCACCAAGAUUGGUCAAGGAGGGUUCGGUUCGGUCUACCUAGGUUUACUACCAGAUGGUACUCAACUAGCUGUGAAGAAGCUAGAGAGUGUGGGACAAGGCAAGAAAGAGUUUAAAGCCGAGGUCAGCAUCAUAGGUAGUGUUCACCAUAUGAAUCUAGUGAAGCUCAAAGGGUUCUGUGCAGAGGGCUUCCACCGCCUUCUUGUCUACGAGUUCAUGGCCAAUGGAUCGCUCGAUCGAUGGAUCUUCAAAAGUCCCAAAGAGGGUCUUUUGUUAGAUUGGAAUACCCGGUUCAGCAUUGCACUAGGAACAGCGAAAGGUCUAGCUUAUCUCCAUGAGGAAUGCGAGGCCAAGAUUGUCCACUGUGACAUAAAGCCUCAAAAUGUGCUUCUAGACGAGAACUUCACUGCUAAAGUCUCGGAUUUCGGUUUGGCCAAACUAAUGAACCGAGAAGACAGUGGGGUCUACACCAUGGUUAGAGGGACAAGAGGGUAUUUAGCACCAGAGUGGAUCUCCAACCAGCCUAUAUCAGAGAAGAGCGACGUGUACAGCUACGGGAUACUGUUACUCGAGAUCAUCGGUGGGAGGAGGAACUAUGAAUCAGAGGAGAGCUCUCAUAAGUCUCAUUUCCCUUCUUACUCGUUCAAGAUGUUCGAGGAAGGAAAGGUUAGAGAUAUCAUCGAUCCCAACUUGGAGAUCAAUGAUCACGAAGAUGGAAGUGUGGUCGACGCGAUCAAGGUUGCUUUGUGGUGUAUACAAGAUGAAAUGCAGGUGAGGCCGUCGAUGAGUAGAGUGGUGCAAAUGCUUGAAGGGAUAUCGGAUGUUCCGGACCCACCAAUGCCAUCCGAGUCUUGCCCUCGGCCUUAUACCAACUACUUGAGGUGGAGUAGUAGAGAGAGUACGAGUUCUGGGGUUAGCAAUCGGAAUUACGAUAGCAGCACAUUCGUGUCUGAUAGUCAGUUAUCAGGUCCUAGAUAA